GCAAAAACAUACCUCUUUUUGGGCACAGCGUCCAAUGGCAUCCACAAGAUCGAUGCCACAACAGGCUUCAUCGUCGCCAGUCGCCACCUGGAGAUGCCCUUUCUGUCCACAGAGCUGCACAAUUGCGCUAUAGGUCUAAACCCUACUGCUGGCAUCACCGCUACAGGAGUCAUAGACCCCACUACAGACACUUGGUAUCUGACCGCUAAGUCGCACGGUCACUACAUUGUCCAUGCAAUCAACCUUCAUGAUCUAUCAGAGCGGAGAAACUUCCCCAUCUCCCUUGAGGGUAUUGUUGCUCGCAACGAUGCUCACAAAAUUUUUGAUGGCGACGUUUACUACCAGCGCCCAGCUCUCCUACACCACGGACAGUUCAUAUAUGCGGCCUUCGCUAGCCCAUGCAUUCAGCACAGAUCUACGAGAUGGAUCAUGGGUUGGGACAAGAUGACAGGCGCUAUUGUGGAGCAUGUAGUUCUGGAUACGGCCGAUACCUGUCUUGCAGAUGCUGCUUGGAUGAGUGGAGGGGAUCUUGCCUUAGACGGCCAGGGUGCCAUCUUCUUCACAGUCGGUGAUGGUAGUUCUUCUCAAUCGGAUGAAAAUUGGGUGUCUGGCAGACAGUCCUCGCUGUUGCUCGAAGACAUUGUCAUGUACAUGACAAUUGGUGACGAUGGCUCCCUUACAGGUGUAGAUUCUUUCAUUCCACGGGAAUUGAAGCAGUUGGGCAUGUCUGGUCAUGGAACAACGAUUGAAAUCUUGCCGAGCCAGUUCUCAUGUAGGAAUGUACAACGCAUCGCAGUUCUCACUGGUGGCAGCGGCACGACAUACUGGUUCGACCUUGGCAACAUAGGCAAGAACCAUGAUAGGUUGAACUCGCUAGGUGCAGUUCUUCAAGUACAUCAGCAUGAGCAUCCGGUCUACGCUGGUGUGGGAGUCUAUCCUCAUGAGGGUGGCUUCCUUUAUAUAAGUGACGUCGACUCCAAAACCCUUGUUUUCUCCUUCCGGUGCAGAGAUGGUGUACCGUCGUUUGUGGACACAGGUACUAUCGAGACAAACAAGCAUGGUGCCGGCCAUGGGUCUGUUACUAUAUCAUCUUUGAAGAACCAACCGGGUACUGGCCUUCUGUGGAUCUCAGAUACGAAAGACGGUAGCUUACGCAUCUACGACGCUAUCCCCGACAUGCAAGGCGAAUUAACUCUCAUCAAGUCCUUUCAUGUUCCUGGUAUAACGGGGCUCACUAGGCUCGUGUUUGGUGAUGGCAUUGCUUAUCAGACAUCUAUUGAUGGGUCCAUCUAUGCAUUUGGAUCACUUUCAAUGUCGCAGAUAACCCAGUUUGAUAUGUAUACCAAUGCAUGUCUUACCGACUCUGCAGCCCAACCCCUCGCUGAAUUAUUAUUCGAGCACCUAAAUAGCUCACUGGUAGCCACCGCAUCACAGGAGCCAUCUAUCACUUCGUCUACCACAAUGACAGAUACUUUUCCAAUACAUCGCUUACCUGCCUCAGAGGGAGAUGCCGACUCCUCAAAGCAGGUGCUUAUUGGUCUCCUCAGAAUCUGGCUCAUCUGCGGCUUAAUCCUCCUCCUUGUAAUCUGGUACUGCUUUUCACAACGACGGGAACAGAUAUCCAAGGCCUGCGUGGUGGUAUGGAACAGCCUUUGGAGUCAGAUGUGGACAGGGAUUUGUAAGGUCUCGUCAGCAACAUGGGCAUGGCUUGGUCGACUUGGCGAAGCGUUGUCUGUUGCAUGGAAGCGGAUUGGCAAGGCUUUUUCUGCCGCGUGGGAGUAGGUUGGUAGUGCUUCAUCUACUGUGUGGAAGCGGAUUGGCGAGGCUUUUUCUGACGCGUGGAAGUGGGUUAGUGGUACUUCGUCCGCCGUGUGGAAGGGGGUUGGUAAAGUAUGGAAGUGGAUUCGGGACCGGCUACGCGACGCAUGUGUGCGAUUUUUGCCGGAACCACCUAUGCUCACGGUGGUCCCU